CAAAUUGUUGUCGACGCCCAGUUGCUCCUGAGUAGUCUCUGGCUUUUUUAUUUUUCCAUGUACGUUUUCGCGAGUGUGAAGAAUAUAUAGCUGUAUAUGUAUAUAUGAUAAAUUGGUGUAUGACUGGUGAGCAAACUAGCGUGACACAGUCGUAUCAUCAACAUUUGCCCAUAUAAUUUAAAUAAAACCAUCUGGAUCUGGAUUGUUAAAUAAACAAUAUCAGAUACUUGAUUAAUAAAUAUACUCAAAACAGUAAUAAAAUAUGCAGACGAUAAAGUGCGUGGUGGUUGGAGAUGGUGCUGUUGGUAAAACAUGUCUUUUGAUAUCGUAUACGACAAAUAAAUUUCCAUCGGAAUACGUACCCACGGUUUUCGAUAAUUAUGCUGUCACGGUAAUGAUCGGUGGAGAACCAUACACUCUAGGAUUAUUUGACACAGCUGGUCAGGAAGAUUAUGACAGGCUGAGACCAUUGAGUUAUCCACAGACGGAUGUAUUUUUAGUUUGUUUUUCUGUAGUUUCGCCUUCUUCAUUUGAAAAUGUAAAAGAAAAGUGGGUACCAGAAAUAACUCAUCAUUGUCAGAAGACACCAUUUUUAUUGGUGGGCACCCAAAUAGAUUUACGAGAUGACGCUGCGACAAUUGAAAAGCUCGCGAAAAAUAAACAGAAGCCAAUAACUGGUGAGCAGGGUGAAAAAUUGGCGAAAGAAUUGAAAGCCGUAAAAUAUGUCGAGUGCAGUGCUCUUACACAGAAAGGAUUAAAGAAUGUGUUUGAUGAGGCAAUUCUGGCAGCACUUGAACCGCCUGAGGUUGUAAGAAGAAGAAAGUGCGUUAUUUUGUAGGAGGUUUUAGAUACUUUCUUAUCAUAUUAUUCUUCAAAUUGGCUUGCUGCGCCCGUUUAUUGUAAGUCUUGCAAUGUUCUUCAAAUCAACAUCACCAAAAUUAAUUUCCUCACAAUCUAUUUUUAAAAAAUUAUAAUUAAAUUAAAAUUAGAUAUUUGAGUUAAAUAUUAAAUUUAUAAAAUAAAAUUAAUAAUAAAAAUUAUUUUUUAAAAUUUUAAUUAUAAAAUCAUGCGAGCAUUUAUGAGUUAAGUCAUAUCUACCUCAAGUUGCAUGAUUUAAAUAACGUUAAAUUUUUUUAAUUAUUUUUAAAUUAAUAAUUAGUCAUAAUUAAAUAACUCAAGGCUAGAAAUUAUGAAAUUUUAAGCAAUUGGACAUUUGCAGGCAAACUUUUAUUUAUAACGUCAACAAUAAAUUUUUUUUCUCUUCAGGGCGAUACAUAUAAGAAAAAAAAAUAAAUAAUAAUAAUAAAAAAUAAUAAUUAUCAUCAUUUGUACACAAGUUGCUUAUAAAAAAAAUAAGCAGGCAAGAAAAUCUGAGGAAUCAUCA